AUAGGUCCCAAGGAUUGUGAUCUGCCAAAGGCCGCGUUAACGGCGCUUCACGCGGGCGUCAACAGUUUUGGCCAACUGCCCGUGGGUCCGAACUUGGCCGACUUGGGCGGUGGAGCCGGCGGCGGUGGCUCUGGUGGCGGUGUGGGUCCAGUUGGCGGGGGAGUGGCUCGCCUGCAUAUCUCCGGUGGAUUGUGCGACAACUCCAAUGCGCUGAACGCCGGAAACGGAAGUGGAGGCAGCGGCAACGGCAACAGUAACAACAACGGCAGCAGCAACAACAACAACAUGCAGCAACAGGAUCAGCACCUGGACAAAAACAAGCAGAAGCGCCACCGCACCCGCUUCACGCCCGCCCAGUUGAAUGAGCUGGAGCGCUGCUUCUCGAAGACCCACUAUCCGGACAUCUUUAUGCGCGAGGAGAUUGCCAUGCGGAUCGGUCUCACCGAGUCCCGUGUUCAGGUCUGGUUCCAAAAUCGACGCGCCAAGUGGAAGAAGCGCAAGAAGACCACAAAUGUUUUCCGCACUCCGGGCGCCCUCCUGCCCUCGCAUGGUCUGCCACCGUUCGGGGCCAAUAUUACCAACAUAGCCAUGGGCGAUGGGCUCUGCGGCACCGGAAUGUUUGGUGGCGAUCGUUGGAGCGUGGGUGUUAAUCCCAUGACGGCAGGCUUUGGCCAGCUAAAUCAGUCCUCGCCGCUCUCGUCCUCACUGAACAGCGGCCUGAACUCGGGCAUUAACAUGGGCUCCGCCCUCGGAGCAGGCAGCUAUCAGCAUUACGGCCUCAAUGCUCUGGGCGACUCCAUGAUGUACCAGCACAGUGUGGGCGGGGUCAGCUGUGGGCCGAGUGGCUCGCCGAGCGCCACCACCCCGCCGAACAUGAACAGCUGCUCCUCGGUGACCCCGCCGCCACUUUCCGCACAGCCGAGCGCCAGCCAAAAUGAGCUCAAUGGCGAGCCUAUGUCUCACCAACAGCAGCAGCAACAACAGGCUCACCAACAGCAACAGCAGCAAACUCAUCAACAACAGCAGAUGGCGCCACCGACACCCACACAGCAGCAGCAGGACGCAGGACUUCCGCUUUGCCAUCAGUCCAUGCAGUCACCGUCCGAUGGCGCCACCGAUGAGGACGUGUGGCGGGGACACAGCAUCGCGGCGCUACGCCGCCGGGCUUCCGAGCUGAAUGCCACGGCGAUCCCGUCCUAUUUACACCACCAUGCCGCCGCCCACAACAACUACGAGCAGCAGCAAAUAUACUGAAAUUUGUUGAAGAGCUUCGAAAGCUUUUCGGAUUACGGGUACGCCAACUGCGGCGGCACCCACGACCUGGGCUAGGUGUGCAGAGUGCGUGCAGAGUCCGCGUAGAGUCCGUGUAGAGUCCGUGUAGAGUCCGUGUCGAAUCGGGAGUAGGCAGGAAGAAAGGACUCUCCCGGCGGAUCCAUGAAGCGUUAUAAGAUAACCAAAACUAGGCUAAAUUACUGUACAACUUAUGUGUUUGCAUUAUUUGUUUAAUGAUUUCCAAGAUCAAGGAGUUUGUAUCUUCAACUUAAAAGACUAUAAUGAAUGUAAACAUGUAUACGAAAAUCGAAGCUUGAGCGGACGCUGAGGACUUAGAUAACCGCGAGUAAUUAGGAUCGUAAGUCAACCCAGUACCACCCCCCACGAGUGGUCGCCCCUUCCCGCAUGAAUAUGUAGACCUUAGCCGUAACAUUUGCCGUAUACGAAAACUGUAAAAACUAGACCGCCCGUGAGAUGUCAGGAGAGUAUCUUCUUAUCCUCGGGCGGCACAAUAAUUUUUGGCAAGGGACUUCCCCGGAGCUCGUACGUAUGUAAGCGUAUUUAUGCCUAGGCGUGUAUGUAAGUAGAUCUAUUCUCAUGUAAGUGUUGUUGUUUUUGUGUAUAGGCAGUAUACCUCCGUUCCACUCCGUUUGCUAUCUAUCCCCCAAAUCCAACAGAGAUACGACCCAUAUAACCCCAUAGAAUAUCAAGCGAGAGACCAGAAAUAGCAAAAUGCAGCAAAUGCAGCUCAAUUCUCAACACGAAACCGUUUCAGAAUGCACGCAUCCCAUGGAUUACUUUUACGAUUACCAAUUACAAAUUAUACCAAUACGAAUACAACUAUAUAUACAUGCAUACGAUUAUGGCAUACUUGUAAUAGACUUUCUUGUAUCGUUUAAGCCUAAAUUUAAA